UCCAAAACUUGCCUUUUGACUUGCUCCAAGAGAAACAACAAAAUAACUCUGUUACAAAUAAAAAAUGACUGAGAGCGCCAGCACUAUAGAAUAUGAAAAUUUGGAGCAGAAAUAUGUAGAAAUUAAGAGGAAAUUCAAGAAAACCAUUGAGAACAAUGAAAAGCUCUCUAAAGAAAAUUCACAGUUAACCAAGAAGCUAAGUAGAUUGGAACGGGACAAUGCCCAUUUGGAAAAUCAAAUUCGUAAUAUGGAAACGUCCAAGGACAAUAGCGAAUCUGAAUCAUCUGCUUCAACUGCUUUAGUCGAAAAAAAAGAUGAGAAUGUUGCAGUUCUAAUUCAGUCAAAAAACCGACAGAUAUCAGAUCUUUUAAACGACUUGGAAGAAGUAGAAAAAGAAAAUCUAUCUCUAAGAGAAAAAUUAGUGGAAGUCAAAAACGAACUGAGUCAAGCCACUGAAGAGAUAUCUUCAAUUUUAGAAGUAGUCAAGUCAAAGGAAGCUGCUCUUCAAGAGAAAAAUGAUGAAUUGGAAAAAAGUUUAUUGGAAAUUGCAGGACUGCGUGAACUAGUUGAACAUCAUGAAAUUGACAAGGUUAGGAUAGAGAAGGAAUUCAAACAAUUUUCGUUGGAAAUUAAUGAAAAAAUUGAUCAGUGGAAGGCUGUUUUAGAUAAAAAGAAUGCCGAAAUCGCAGCUUUAAAAAACGAAAAACCUACAACAAUACGCGAUAUUUCCUCGCCAGAAGAUGGCGUUACUAGCGAUAUCCCAUCAGCUAACAUAGAAUACUGUGAAAAACUGAGGACGGCCUUGCAAGAGGCCGAAACUCAGGUCGAACGACUCAAACUGGAAAUGGAGGAUUGUACGGCUGAAUUGAAGGAAAGUGCCGAAGCUAUUGUAAACCUGAAGAUGGAAAAUGAGAAAAUGAAAAACGAAAAAGGUAUUAUUGAUGAGGAAAAUUCGAAAUUGAAAGGACAGUUGAAAAAGUCUAGGGAUAGAUGCAAGAAGUUUCAAAUUGAAGUGGACUAUGCCAACAAAAUAUCGAAUACUCUUGAAUCGGAGCUGAAAAAGAUACAAGAUACAUUAAAAGAGGAUGGACAGUUGGAUUUUGCCGAAAUUUUGAGUCAAUCGCAAUCAAUAAAGGUGCAACUGUUAACUAGAGAUAAACGCAUUGCUGAAAUGGUUCAGGAUUUGAAUACAUUACAAGAAUCUCAUGAUUAUAUUGAGAUAGAAAAUCGCCACCUCAAGAAUGAACUAGGUUUAGACGAAGAGGAAGUUUUACAGACAGAUCUGACAAUGUUACCAAAAAAACGUAGAAACGAACUAAAAACAAUAGAAAAAAUGAAAAAGAGCGUCGAGUCUUCGAAAGAAGAAAAUAUCAAACUGAGAAUGGAAAUAUUAAACUUAAAUAAGAAGUUUACUAGUUUAAUGAGUAAGGAUGAGGUGGAUUACUCGAAACAUCGACCAAAUGAAGAUUUGAAAGCUCUCUCAGAAGAAAACGAAGCAUUGAGAAAUGGUCUGCACGAGAUCUUGACUAGCGUUCGACAGAAAGAUCAAGAAAUAUCGCCUAGAGAAAUAAAAUCGGAAAUAUUAGAAAAACUUCUUAGAGCUUUGGACGUUAAACACAUUUCAGGAUGGUAUCAUCCAGCCAUGAGAUUACAAGCUGAACUACACAACUUGGAAGGUGUUAAUAGUGAAUUAAGGGAACAGCUACGUGAUGUCAGAUCUGAGUUGGAGAAUCUUAAGAUUAGUGAAAAAGAAAGCAUCAAACAAACAAUUCAGAAUGAAGAUGUCACUGGAUUGGAUAAUAGAAUUAAUAUAACAGACGAAAAACUUUUGAAAAUUAGUCCUUUGUUGAAAGCAAAUUACGACAAUAUUCAGGAAAUUAAAAUUAGCAUUUUGAAGAUCAUUGCGAAUCUCUAUGAAGACGAUGAAAAUAUAGAAAAUAAUUUAGAAAAUGAAUUUUCUUUGGUCCAAAACCGUACUGCUUUGCUCCACGAAAAAUGUUUUAAAGAAAAACAAACACUUAUAGAAGAGCUAAAUAAAAAACACAUAGAGAAUGAAGAAAAAGUUAUUGACUUAGAUUUAAAUUCAAUCAACAGUGAAGAAAUAAAGAGUUUACUGCUAAAAGAACGAAAAAAAGUCAAAAACUUACUUAACGAAAAUAUACUGAUGGAGGAUAAGAUAAACCUUUUAAAAUCAGAGAUCGGAAAUAUUGAACUGAAUCGUAGAAAGCAAAUAGAGGUUUUCCUGAAGAAAAUUGCUCGUUUAAGAAUCAAACUGAAAGAAAAAGAUUUGGAGAAAUUUACUUUUGUUGAUCAAAAGGCGUUUAAAGAGACUGAAAAAUCUUUGGAUGAAUGUUUGGUAAAGUACAGAAAACUUCUGAGGGAUGUUGAAGAUUUGCAGAACGGAAAAUCUUUGGAACUGUCAAUUUUAACGAGGAAUGAAGAAGAUUUGAGGAAAGAAAAUACAGAACUAAAAGAAAGAUAUCAAAAUUUAUCCUGCCAACUUCAAGACAUUAUUAAAACUAAAGAAUUAUCUUUGUUGACCGAAAAGUUGGGCAUUGCCGAGAUGCAAGCUGUCAAAGAAAAAAAUCGGGCAGAUCAUAUGAGUAAUUUGUAUGAUUUGGUUAAAGAACAAUUGAGGAAAUCGGAAGAAAAGCUGUUGGAUUUUUCUAAACAAGUUGAAGGAUUGGCGCAGAAAAAUUUGGCGUUACAGGCACAAAUCAGGGAAUCCCAGAGUGAAGUAGUUUCUAACGAGAUUUUGGAACGUUUCCAGGAACUGAAGCUGGAAUUUGAGAAUUUGACGAAAGAACAAGAAAAAGAAGUUUUAAUAGAAGACAAAGAAACGUUUGAAAGUGAUAUUCAGAAGUGGGAUAACCAGAAACAUCAGCAAUUACUAGAACUGAAGCAUCAGAUUAUUGAUCUAACGGCUUCUUCCGAUGAUAAAUAUCAAAUUCAGCGACUUCAUUAUGAUUUGGGAAGGUAUAAGUCUUCAGAAAGGGAUUGGUCUAUUAAAAUUAAUCGCCUAGAAGAAGAAUUAACUCUUUGGAAGAACAAAUUUGACGAAAUCAGUUCACAAAUUGAAAAAGUAGAUCGAGAUCAUCAAAUAUCUGAAAAAAUGUCACAGAAAAAAGUGAGUGAUCUAAGAAGAAUAAUCAAACUACAACAUAUACAAUUCUAUGGAAAUAUACCGUUGAGUGGAGAAGAAAUAUUUGUGGGAAAAUUAUUGGCACUGAAUAAAGAACAGCACGCAAUUUUCCUUAAAUUUCAGCAAGUAAAAACAUUGAAAAAUAAUCUUCUUGCAAAAGAUGGAAAACAUUCUAAUUCUAUUGAUGAUGGUAUCCAGACAAAUGACUUGGAACAAAAAGACGAUAUAAUACAAUUUUUUGAAAGUAAAAUCGAACUACAAAACCACCAAAUUAUCAAACUUGAACAAGAAUUAUUAUCCACUCUCAAAAGUGUUUAUCAUUCUGAAAUAAAACAGCCUCAUCCAACAUCUAAAACUGUGCCAAAAUUAAUCAGACAAGUAGUAGUCCAAGAAUCCAUGGCCCCCACUAAAAACCACACUCUAACAAUACAUUUGCUCAAAAACCAGGAUUGCCAGACUGAACAAUUUUUCCCGGAACCCAAGGAAACGGAAAAUGAAGCGGCAUCUAUGUUAAAAACGAAAAUCAGACAGCUGGAAGGUCACAUGACCGAAAAAAAUCAGCUGAUUAUUCAGAAGGAUUUUGAAUUGGGGGAGUUGAAAAGGGAACUGAACGAAGAAAAGUCUCGUGUUGUAGGAUUAAAUAGGAAGCUGCAGGAUUUGGAGGAUAAUAAUAAUAGAAUCAGGGCGAGUCAUGCAGAAAAUGGGGCAGGUGAUGGUAUCGCAAUGAGAAAUCAGCAAAUGGGUCAUUUUGACGAACAAAUUGUUGCUCUAAGGGCUGCAUUAUCUUCUACUAAAGACAACUUGAAUAAAAAAGAAUUGGAGAUUAUUAAAUAUCAGACACUUUUAAAGGAAGACAGGGAUAAGCAUAGUUUUGCUGCAGCCAACUUAGAUCAGGAAUUGAAAGUUUUACAGAAAACUUUAUUACUGGAACAGCAAAAACGUAAAAAUCUGGAACAAAUGGAAAUAUUGUCCAAUCAAAAAACUACGGCUGUGGAGAAAUACGUGUCGCAAGUUCAUCUACUAGAGGGCCAUUUAGCCGAAUUACACACCAGACAGGCCAAAAUGGAGGUACAGUUGCAUACUGCGCAACAAGAAGCGGCUCGCUGGCGUGAGAUGGCACAGGACAGACUGGUUGCCAUAGAAGAACUAGGAAAAAAUUUGGACGAACAACACCAAAAAGAAUUGACCAACUAUAAAACUGACUAUCAAAAACUAAAAGAUCUGGCAAGAGAAGAGACUCCUAGAAAAGAAAUCGUUAAAGAAAUUGCUAGUUCAAAUGGAGGAGUCUUCGAUCCAGAUGUACUGAAACUUUUUAGAGAAAAAGACGAAAGAAUCAAAGAACUAACAGCCAAGUUAAAGCAGGUCCAAACUGUAGACUACAGAUCGGGUGCUACUGAUAGUCAAAAGGCCAAUAUUUCCAAGGAAAAUGAAUUUUUCAGAAAGAAAUACGAUGGUUUGCUAGAAAGAGAAAAGAGUUUACAAGAAGAAAUCAAGAAUCUGCGUGAACAACUCUCAAAAAAACAGGCGUACUUAACUCAAAAACCGUCAAAAACCAUCAAGGAUCAACUUCAGAAAAAGAUAGCAUUACUGGAAACGGAAGUGGAAAAUCUAAAACAAGAAUUGACCGAUCAGAAAUUACUGAACGAAAGGCACAAGUUAUCAGUGGCUGAGAAUUUUGGGAAAUGGAAAAAGCAGAAAUUUUGGCAGGAAAAUUGUGAAAAAUUCAAAGCGAAAUUACAGGAACGAGAAGAAGAGUUGUCGAAGUUUCAACAAACUUGUUCAGGACACAAGUUGUUGAUUGAUAGACUGGAAAGAGAGAAACACAACUUGGAGAACAAAAUAAAAUCCCUGAAAUCGGACCAUGCCAAGACUGUGCCAAAUCACGAGAUAGCUAUGUUGAAAUUGGAGAACAGACGCCUAUACGAAGAGGUGGAGAAUCUCAGGGAGAGAAUAGAGAGUCUCCACCAAGGAGCUGGAGCCUUGGGAGCCGCUAUUAUGCAGGAAAAAUUGGAGGCACAAGAGAGAAAAAUUGCUGUGUUGGAGCUGAGUACCAAGGGUAAUAUAGAAGUUAGAAAUGAACUGGAACGACUUCACUCCACCUUAUCUAACUUGCAAAAAACGAAUCUAUGUCUAGAAGCCGAAAAUUUAGAGCUGAAAAUGGAUCUGGAAAAACAUACCAAGGAAACGCCCCAUCUUCAGGAGCAAAUUCAACAUUUGGAAAGUUACAUAGAAGUGUUAAAAUCUGAAAGCGAAAAACACGAAUGUGCCAGUCCAGUUGAAGGGAGUUCAGAAGACAGAAGAGUGACUCAAUUGGAAAGAACGGUUUUUAUACUGAAAAGAGUAGUGGAAAAAUUGCAAGUGGAAAACAAGAGAUUGGUCAGUGAAAAAACACCAAAUUUCGCACCGCCAAUAUUAGCCGCCCAAGUUGACGUUGACAAAAGAGAACAAACAGUCUUACCUGGUGAAAACGUUUCUUACAUGUGCAGAGUUGCAGUACCUCUACAAUACUAUGACGAACCAAUUGACGAACUUCCAAUGCCUGCAAUUUUAGAAUUGGCAAAAGAACACCUCCUAACCAAAGUGCAAAAUUUGACAAGAAAACUGAGGGCAUCCGACAAUGGAAAGUUCCUUAGAUGUGUUGCUUACCAUCCAGCAUAUCCGGGACAAGUGGGCGAAUCUAAAAGGAGGCUGGAUAUUAAAUAUGCUCCAUUACCCCAAGGACAAACAAUUGAGGCUUACGAUUACGGAAUUGGAAAAACAGGCGAAAUCAACGUAACAGUGGAAGCUAAUCCCAGGCCUAGUUUCGAAUGGACCGUUGACGGGCAAAGGAUCAGGGAAGGUAGUCAUGACAACACCGGUAUUAUGGAGGCUGAAUUUGCAAGAGAAUUGGGAAAUGGUAGAUAUCUGGCCGUCUUAAGAAUAGCGAGAAUAGGCAAACAGGAUACGGAGAAGGUUUAUAUUUUGAAGGCGUACAACGAUCAAGGAAGUCAAGAGUAUCGAGUGAAGAUAUCGACAAAUUCAGAACCAAAAGGUACUUUUAUAUAUAAAUAUUCAUCAGCUGACAAACUGAAGCGAGAUUAUGCCAGAUUGAAAGAGCAACACGCCGAAAGUUUGCAAAAGAUCCAGGAUUUACAAACUCAAAUUAGUAAGAGGCGAGUUGAAGCUAAAACAGGCAUGAUGAGUCAGCGAGACCAAUCUGAACAGUUCAGAAUUCAAUUGGAACAGGUUAAAAAUGAACUGGAGAAAAAAUCGCAUUUGUUGGAUAAAGUAAAAGCUCUGUUGCACGGUGCUGCUGCCAAAGAAAAGCUCUUGUUGAAAGAGAUUGCUGAACUGAAGACUGAAAAAUCUAACGAUAAUUUCCAAAGAAAUUAUCGAGUAGAUGUCCCAAGCCCUAUAGAGGAAUUAUCUGAAGAAAGCACCACUCAAUAAUAAUUAUAGUGAACUAAAUAUUCGAGUUACAUUACACAUUACUUUUAUUUAUAGUACUAUUUUUAUAUUUAGUUAUUUAUUUAGCUAUAUAAGUUUAAU